UUGUCACUGUGAAUUCCGUAGAGUGGGACAUAAUUCCGGUGCUGUAUCAGGAAACAUUCAAUCUGUAAAGGAAACAGUAUUCUUUCGAACGAGAUUAUUACUUUGAUACCCCUAUUGCAGCAUGACAUCAACAAUGUGGAGGUCAACGUUGCGAACGUUUGCCAAAAAGAUUCUCCACACCAGCAGUGUGAGGGCGCCCCAGAUCCGCUUCCUUUCGGUGACAACGUCUUACUGUCAAUCCUACUCUCCCAUCGGUAGUCUAGACCAACCCAGAAUCCUCAUUACGGGUGGUCUUGGACAGCUAGGCCAGGGGCUAGCCAAGGUGCUCAGAAAGAGAUACGGGCGUGACAAUGUCAUUCUGACAGACAUCGUAAAACCUCCCAGGCAUAUCGUUGAUGCAGGUCCAUAUGCUUUUGUUGAUGUGCUGGACUUCAGGAACCUUCAGGAGAUUAUUGUCAAUGAGAGUAUAGACUGGAUGGUCCAUUUUAGUGCAGUUCUUAGUGCUGUUGGUGAACAGAAUGUCCCACUGGCCAUCAAAGUCAACAUCCAAGGGCUCCACAACGUGAUGGAGCUGGCCAAGAUGUACAACCUCCGCAUCUUCUGUCCCAGUACCAUCGGAGCGUUCGGACCCCAGUCGCCCCGCGAGCUGACCCCCGACCUCACAAUCCAGAGGCCCAGGACGAUCUACGGUGUGGCCAAGGUUCAUGCUGAGCUCUUAGGAGAGUACUACCAUCACAAGUUUGGCGUAGACUUCCGAUCUCUGAGGUUACCAGGGGUCAUCUCUGGAGACACAGCUCCAGGGGGUGGUACUACAGAUUACGCAGUCUCCAUAUUUGACCACGCCCUUCAGUCCGGCCACUUUGACUGCUACCUGCGAUCGGACACCAUGCUCCCCAUGAUCUAUAUCAAGGACUGCCUCCGAGCCAUCGUCGAGAUGCUGGAAGCUCCGGAGGAGUUGCUAGGGUUACGGACCUACAACAUCAACGCCGUCAGCUUUAACCCGGAGGAGAUCGCCAAGGCCAUCAAGAAGUACGUCCCGGAGUUCACCGUCGACUAUCAGCCGGACGAGAGACAGAGUAUCGCGGACUCUUGGCCCAAGCGUCUUGACGACUCCCAGGCCAGAGAGGACUGGAACUGGAACCACAAAUACGACAUGGACGCUCUGGUCCAGGUCAUGUUGGAGGUCGUCAGUAAACGCCUCGGAAUUUCGACAUCGACAUCAACAACCAAGGCCUCUGGAGUGCAGUGAUUUGAAAAGAAAUAUUCAUUUUCUUCUCUGAUGCAAGGUAUUCUGUACAUAUAGUUUUUCA